AUGUAAUCGUGUUUACAUUGAUCGUAAACGAACAUGGUCAGAUUAGAAUUUCUUUGGGAGUUGGUUGUGACACUGAUGAAUCCACUCCUACAUGUUCCUGUUUUGAUAAUAAUAACAACUGUGAGUUGCAAAGACUAUUACUGCAGCCAUGAAACCAAUAAAAUUGAUAAAGAUGAUAGGGGAAAGAUCACUACUCGGAUGCCAUGGGAGUCUUACUAUUCAAAUAACCUGAGAUGUGUAUGGACCAUUGAUGCUGGAGAAGCUAGGAGAAUUAGAAUCACAUUUAUCAAAAUUGACUUGGAACUACAUGGUCCAAGCACAUUUUGUGAAGAUAGUGAUUUCCUGAGUAUACGACAAGGUGAGAUUGAGUUAGCGCCCAUCCUGGUGAAGAUUUGUCCUAGGCCGCAAAAUCCCUUCGAGAUCAUCAGCAAACAGAGACAUCUUUACCUGGUGUUCAAGUCUAGCCGCAACAGCUUCCUGAACCAUGUGGGAAUCGAAAUGAGAUUUGAGGUCUUUGAUGUGACCAGCUGCCCUCCUGAUUGGGUGAAUGGUCCAUUAGAUACUAACAGACGAAAUGACAUUGAGGAAAAGUCCACCUGCUACAAUGUAAAGACGUCUCCGGCAGGUGGAGCAGACUUCCACACUGCUCAGAAGUUCUGUGCCUACAGUCAGAGCAAUCUAGCUAGGAUCAGAUCCAACAACAUGUUCAGCCAUGUCCUAGAUUUGAUGAAGAAGCAUACAAUAGUGUUUAACCUAUGGGUAGGCCUUACUGAUAGAGAAAACGAGGGGACGUUUCAGUGGCUGGAUGGUAGCAGCUUCAGCUCCAUGGACAGAAUGUCUCCAGUUUCUGUAAACGAUAAGACCAAGAACUGUGUUAUAAUGAAUUUGCUGUCAAAGAAAUACGAAGUCGUGAGCUGCAAGGGCUUAUACUUCUACGUAUGUGAAAUGAGCUUAGGCCACCCUAACAUCUAUACAAUAGUUACUGAAGAAAAAGAUCAUAGUGAAGAAGAUGAGAAUCAUUAUGUCAUCGAGGCCAGAGAUUUAAUUUGGAUACUAAUAGGCUUAGUGGUAAUUGUUUCUUCUGUGGUCAUAUGUAUAGUAAUCCUCAUAUACAGAUCUAGAAGAAAGUAUGUGGAUUACAGCUCAGGUCAGGUGGCAGGUCAUAGGUCAACUGAACAGGAUACUGAGGUAUCUCGAACCUGCCGGGUACAACCGUCAACACAGGCCUUAGUAGAGCCGUUAGUGAACCAUCGACAGCCUCAGCCAUCAGCUCCUCCUCUGUGUGAAUUACAAUCAGUCGUAGAACCCCCAGGUUCUGAAGCACCUCCUUCCUAUUGGGAUGUUGUUAAUGGCUGUUAGAUGGUCAGUAUUUUAUAAAAGUCUUGACAAUUUCUUAUGUGGGUCUUUAAUAUUUCAUUAUUUUUGAUUAAGAGAGUGAACAAAAACUGUAUAAUAUAAUAGCUGUUGUUACUGACCCCGUAGACAACCAUAGAAAACUGGAGUACCUGAAAUCUGGAUUACCUGAAAACUGGAGGACCAGAAAAUUGAGUAUCCGAAGACUGGAGUACCAGAAAACUGGAGUACCUGAAAACUGGAAUGCCCAAAAACUGCAGUAUCCGAAAACUUUAGUACCUGGAGAAAACUGGAAAACUGGAGUACAUGUACCUGAGAAAUGAGUAUUCGAAAACUGAGUACCCAAAACCUGCAGUACUCCAAAACUGGAGUGCCUGAAAAAAGAGUAUUCGAAAACUGAGUACCCAAAAACUGGAGUGCUCGAAAACUGGAGUACAAUGUACUACAUGGAGAAAACUUGUUUUCCUGGGGUUCCUGAAAACCGGAGUACUUGGAGAUCAGACUGACUCUGUAACAAUGGUGACAACAAUGGAAAGUCUACUUAAAGAUUGUUUUGUUACGAUUGUUAGUGAAUUUACAUUUUUAUCAUUAUUUAUUGUUUGCAUAAUUAUUUGUUAAAAUUAUACUUAACUUUUAUAAAUUUUGUUUUUGUUGCUGACAUACAUUCAGUAUUAUAAGAUAAAUGCAUUUAUUAUAGGUGAUGCUGAGGCAAAAGUGAUACUCUGGAGGUGACUUUGAUAGCCAAAGUCACCCUCGAGUGACAUUGUAUAAGGGCCACAGUGGCCGAGUGGUUAAGUUGUCCCGACACUUUAUCACUAUCAGUGAUACAAUGUCAGAACACCUUAACAACUGGCCCUCCACAUCUGGGCACAGGGGCUUGGCACGAUUUUCCAAACGGUAGUCCAUAUAUACAUGUAUAAGUAUUAUAGUGUCACUAUAAUACAUAUAUAUAUGGACUAUCGUUUGGAAAAUCGUGGCAAACCCCUGUGCCUCUGGGUUGUGACUUUGAAACCCACGUGGGGCAGUUGCCUGCUAUUGACCAUAUAUAGGCUGAAGGUUUUUCUCUGGGUACUCCGGCUUUCGUCCACCUCCAUAACCUGACACGUCCUUAAAUGACCCUGGCUGUUAAUAGGACAUAAACCAAAAUUAAGCAUCCCCCUCUUGUGAAUGUAGAAUUCAUUUAUCAUAUUCAUCUGGUAACAAGCCUAUAUACAAUGUACCUAUGAAUAAGCCCCAUCAUAUCUAUACCAAUUCAGUACAAAUUUUAACCAAGGAUAGUUCAUUGUCCAGCAAUAAGCCUACCCCAAACUUCGAUUUAAAAUGAACGUGUUGGUCCAUUGGCUUAUUACAGGAUAAAUAUGAUGUUAUCGCACAUACUUACCUAGGCCAAAUUGCUCAUGUGUUUUCUUGCCAUUUUGUGAUCUGUUAUGGUUAAAAGUUUUAAGUCUCUCAAUUUCCACUAUUUUUUUUUUUGUAAAAUAGAAUUGAGAAAAGAUAGACAACUUAAAAAUAAAAAUUCAUACAGAAAGCUAUGGUUCAUGUCAUAACCAAUAAUAAAAGUAUGUCUACUUUGCUUCAUACUUCAUACCUGUGUAAUGUGAUAGUUUUAACCUUAGAAGCAAAAUUUGGUAUCUAAAAGGUAUAUUGUACUUAACCAUUUUCGUCAGGUAAAUAUUCUGAUCCAAUACUCGUAUUUCCUCAAUAGAGGAUUUGUUUGUUUUUGUUUUACGUCCUAUUAACAGCUAGGGUCAUUUAAGGACGUGCCAGGUUUUGGAGGUGGAGGAAAGCCGGAGUACCCGGAGAAAAACCACCGGCCUACGGUCAGUACCUGGCAACUGCCCCACGUAGGUUUCGAACUCGCAACCCAGAGGUGGAGGGCUAGUGUUAAAGUGUCGGGACACCUUAACCACUCGGCCACCGCGGCCCCUUCCUCAAUAGAGGAGGGAACUGUGUGAUACCCCCUUCAUUAUGAUGAGGUGACUGUCUUUUUAAGAUAUUAUACUUUUUUUUAUCUACAAUAUAUUGUGUUUUUCUAUUUAUUUGUACAAUAUAAGCUUUUAAAGUCUUAUAUUGAUAUAUUAAACUACAUGUACGUCCAUGUGAUGGACUCAAUUUUCUUUCAAACAUUUAAAAAUUAUGUUGGUUAGUGCAAAAUCCCGCUUUGUGUAUUUUAAUUUUUGACUUUUCAUGCUCAUCUGUUUUUUGAAUUUUCAAAAGGAAUUACUUGUACCUGAAAAAUAUGUUUGAUUUUUGCGGAUUUUUUUUAUUGCUUUUGUAUGAUAUGAAUUUUUACUGUAUUUUAAGGAAUGCAUUUUUUUUUUAGAAAUGUACAAAGUGAAUUGUUUUUCCUGUGAAGCUUUGGUUUUGAUUAUAUUCAAAACUUUUUUUUGAUACUGUUAUUUUUAUUAUCUCAUAAGGUGAUACACUUGAUAUUAAUGUAUAUAUAAUACAUUUAUAUCAAGAGUAUCACCUUAUGAAAAAAACCAAUUUGAUUUCUCUGAAAUAUGUUCAUGUAGAUGUGAAUUAGUAAUCAUGUAAUGGAAAUCUCUCACUGUGGAUCAACAGUCUGGUUAUUUAAAUUUUUUGCAUUAUAGUUGACAAUGAAUGCGAACAACAUACUACACACACGUAAACACAGCACACUACACGUGUAAACACAGCACACUACACAUGUGUAAACACAACAUACUACACACGUGUAAACACAGCAUACUACACACGUGUAAACACAACAUACUACACAUGUGUAAACAUAGCAUACUACACGUGUAAACAGCAUGCUAAACACCUGUUAACACAACACACUACACACGUGUAAACACACUAUGCUACACACGUGUAAAAACAGCAUACUACACACGUGUAAACACAGCAUGCUACACACCUGUUAACACAACACACUACACAUGUAAACAUAGCACACUACACACAUGUAAACACAGCAUGCUACACACCUGUAAACACAACAUGCUACACACGUGUAAACACAACACACUUCACACCUGUAAACACAACAUACUAUACACAUGUAAACACAACACACUACACAGCAUACUACACACGUGUAAACACAACAUACU